AUGCAUGGUCACAAUCACGUUGAUCGAAGGGCCGCCAUCCCCUUUGUUGCUGUCCAUCCUGCCGCAGUGCUGAAAAGAGCCGAUUCCCCCACGACCACCACCACUUCUACCCAAAGCGCAAAGUCAUGCGGGCCCAACGACACCACCGGAGUUUGCGAGAGAUCCGUCAGCUCGAGCAGCACCACUCUCCCCAUCGUUCUAGGUGCUGUCAUUCCUCUUACCGUUGCUAUUAUCGUGCUCAUCUUUCUGCAUCGCCGUCAUAUUAAGAAAUUACGGAAUGAGGACGCCAACGAUAAACACAAAUCCCUGGAUUUUGGCUUGGAUGAUGUGCCCCCCAGCGGAAAAAAGGGCGCAAAGCAUCGAAAGGGUGGCAUGAAAAUGACAUCCUCUGAAGCUGAAAAGUCCAUCUGUCGAAAUAAUCGCGGCCUGUCAUUGGACAUCACCAUGACCAGUCCGUAUCUUCUGCCACCCACCCUACACGGCUCAAGAGAAUCGCUUCACUCCCUCUCGAGAUCACACACCAAUGACGACAAAUACCACACCGCGACAGCUUUCAGUCCAACCGAUAACGGCUCCGUAAGGUCAUUCCGCAACAACUUUAACCAUGGCACAGACGAUUCUUCCAGCUUUACUGGCGCGAGCAGUCGACGUGGCCAUGGUGAUGACAUGAACGUCAAUCUCCUUAAAAAUGUUCAGCGCAUCUCCAGGGCCAGCCCUCCGCCUCCUCUAUCCCAGCUAGAGACAGGGCCGCCGAAAGGAGACCACCUUCACCUGGUUAGGACAACUACAAAUCAGAGCCAAGUGGAGUCGCCCAAGUCAACACCGGUCUCUGGUCGAUCAGCCGUUCCAUCCCCGCCGCGCGCAUCUAAUCCAAGCAACAGUCUCCCUCCCCACGAUCACAAAAGUGCAAGCGACCUCCGGGAAAGCAACGACUACCUGGGUGCUCGUAUCCAACGGGGCAGUACUCCAAAGAACCCGCAUCGUAGCCAAUCGCCUCCUACACAUGUCGUACCACAGCAUACUGGUAAUUCAUUAAAUACAGACAGUUCCUGUACCCCUCCAUCACCUUCGAUGGCUAUCCCGGAAGCUGACAAUAACUUGGUACCAUCCAACUCGCAGUCGCAGGCCCAAGCAGCACCUCGCAUCUCUCUUCCAUCAUAUGAUGAUGAUGAUCGAAGUGACUAUGGAGAUGAACAACGAAAGUCCACCUUCGUUCUUCCCCAGCUGAACGUGGAACCUGCACCAGAAUCAAGCACACCCCAGCCAGCAGACCGCAAAUACCGUUUAUCUACCAUGUAUGGUCUCCCAGACGACCAAGGGUACCAGUUCGAUACCCGUCGUCUUACUAUUGGCAUCCGCCCGCUGCCACCAGAAGACCCAUCCGACAACCCAGAGCAACGGGCCAGCCGCAUCCGAUCCUUUUACAAGGAGUACUUUGACGAUACCAAACCCGCACCGAAUGGGGAAUAUUACGAGGACUAUGGUCCAGAGGACUAUCGCGAAGACAGGGUGUACGACCCAGCUUUGAACCCGUAUGCCAGUGAUCCGUACGAUGGCAGCUAUCACGGCGAGUUCUACCCACCAGGACCACCUCCGUUCGCACAACUCAUCGGACGCCGUGCCAUGACCCCGCCACCCAACUUCCACCCCCACCCGUACCCCCCGCGUCAACACGGCGCCUCCUCCGCCUUCGGCUUUGGCCCGACCCACAGAUCCUUCUCAUCAGUGUCCGGCGGCGACCCGGGCCCACGCGCAUUCUCGUCCAUAUCCAACCGGCCACCCGUAAUGCGGCGCAAACCCGCGGCGCCGCCAGCUCCUCUGCACGAGCUGCCCACCCCGCACAAGCUCAAGGAUAACUCUAUGGUCCUGCCGAUCGAUUUUGCACCGGCACCCAAUUCGAAGGAACGUAGGCAGGGUCGCUCCGAGACGCCGCUGGGUGGUCUGCGGCCGUUCGUGCGUGUGAUUCCGGCGCAUAUGCCGCUUGCGUCGUCGUAUGAUGAUCUUGCUGCCAUGCCUAGCCCCCAUGCCCUCCGCAAAUCUGGCACCUAUACCGCUCUCGACUUCGCGCCGCCGGCCCGUUUCCGAAACGCAGGCGACACCGCCAGCGACUCGGGCAGCAUCCGCAGCAACCGCACCGGUGGCCUCUCGCCGACGGUGUCGUAUAAUAUACGCACGGGCGCGUAUAGGCUUAGUCGGCUGCCGGCGGAGACGGUGGGGACGAAGGAGGAUAUUAGGUCUGGGUUGCGGCCGACGUGGGAGAUGAAAGGAAGAUGUUAG